AUGUCUGUUGUUGGUAAAUUACUCAAGAAGCUUAAAUUCUACACCAAGGGGCUGGUUGCUCUUAAUAUCUUGCUCAUCAGUGCCACUUACGGUGUUGUAUGUUCGGUGUUUCUGUCUCUUAUUGGUAAGAAAGAGUUGGCACAAUGGAGUACAGCCAGGUUUUACUAUCAUUUUUUCAGUUUUGUCAUGAGGACAAAGAUCAACAUCGAUAGACCGGAACUGUUGUCGCAGUUGCCUGCAAUUCUCAUUUCCAACCAUCAGUCGGAAUUAGACAUUUAUAUGCUAGGUAGAAUUUUCCCCCAGAGAUGUGUCGUUACUGCCAAGAAACAGUUGAAAUACAUACCAUUUCUCGGUUGGUUUAUGGCUGCCUCAGGCACUUUUUUCCUUGACAGAUCCAACAAGGAGUCUGCCAUUAGAACUUUGAACAAGGCGUUGGAUGACUUGAAGAGUAACAAGGGCGGCUUGUUCAUGUUCCCCGAAGGUACAAGAUCAUAUUCCCCAACACCUACAUUGUUGCCCUUCAAGAAGGGCGCCUUCCAUUUGGCCGUACAAGCCCAAAUCCCAAUCAUCCCAUUGGUGGUGUCCAACACCUCUAACAUAUAUUCGAUGAAGUCGGAUAACUUCAACAGGGGCGAAAUCAAUAUCAGGGUGUUGGAUCCCGUUCCUACAGUGGGCCUCACCAAGGACGACGUUGCCAAACUUACUGAGGACGUUUAUAAUAAAAUGAACAAGGCGGUCCAUGAAUUGGGAAUGAGCCACGUCUAUGGUGAAGAAGCCCCUUGUAUUGAAGAGAAUCCAGAAAUACACGAGGAGAACUCUGUUCCUGAGACUGCUGCAACUGAUGCUACCGUAGUAUCAGAAACCACAAACCUCUUACAGAAAAACUAG